ACCUAAUUACUUAUUCAAAAUUUUAAGCAAACAUUUUUGCAAUUUGCAAAAUGAAUUCAAAGAGUGUCACACCCUUUGUCAUUUUUUCCCUUAAUCUCCUUUUUGUCACUACUUUUGUCUUGGGUGCCAAAUCACCACCACCUAAAAUUUCUCCUUCCACACCCCUAACACCUAUGAUAUCUCCAUCCACAUUGGCACCGGAACCAACGACACCACCACCUACCACACCUCCUUCUACACCACCAUCAAUUCCUGCGACACCUCCCCCUCCCCCUCCCCCUCCUCCUCAAUUGUAUCCUAGACCACCAUCUAAGUGUCAAAUAGGCCUAUGGAACUUGCAUGUUUGUGCUAAUUUGUUGAAUAUAGUGAAUGUAUCAAUUGGACCACCACAAACUAGAGAAUGUUGCCAACUCAUCGAUGGCCUUGUUGGUCUUGAAGCUUCUGUGUGUCUUUGUACUGCACUCAAAGCUAAUAUCUUUGGAUUAAUUAAUAUUGAUCUUGAUAUUCCCUUUGGAAUAUUCUUCAACCGGUGUGGGCGUGUUAGGCCUAAUUACAUAUGCAGUCGUUAAGAACAUAAAAUCUAUGAACAAUGGCCCAUGCAUGCCAUUGCUAAUGGACGAUUCGUAGUACACCAUAUUAAUUAAUGUUGUGCCCAUAAUUAAUAACGUCCAUUAUAUUAACAAUAAUAUGGUUGUUCUUGUAUACCAAAAAAAAAAUGGUUGUUCUUCAUUGUAAUAUCGUAAAAGUUGUUUA